GUGGCCAGGGAGCUGCGGCCGUUCGAGGAGUCGCUGGACUGGGAAGGCGCCGUCGGGCUGCUGGCGGCAGUCGACCCCGAAAAGGCGGAGCGGCUGUCGUACAACGACUGGCGCCGCCUGGCCAGGCACCUGGAGGCCGCCCGCGCGGGCCCCAGGCGGGAGGGCCGCGCGCCCAGGAGCGGGUACGACUUCCGGAGCUUCUUCCUGAGCCCGCGGGACCGCCAGGCGCUCUUCCGCCGCAUCGACGAGCGGUGCCUGGCCAUGCUCGACGCCGGCCUGCUGGAGGAGGUGGCAGGCCUCCUGUGCCGUGGCGUGCUGGACCCCGAGUCGCCGCCCGGCCGGGCCAUCGGGUACCGCCAGCCCAUCGACUACCUCCUGCGGCCGGAGCCGCGCGAGGGGGACUUCGACGCGCUCGCAGCCUUCUUGCAGAACUUCGGGACCGCCUCGAGGAAGUACGCGCAACAGCAGAUGCACUGGUUCCUGCGAGACCGCUCCUUCGCCUGGCUGUCGGCCGAUCCAGCCAACCCGAGGGCCGUUGCCGAGCAGAUCUUGAAGGCCAUGGAGGCUCCCGGGCCGUGCGCCCCAGAGGCCGCUGAUCAGGACCUGGGCGUCCGCGAGGCCCAGGUGGAGCAGGGCAGGCUCAUGCCGCUGUCCUUCGUGAGCGCGCUGGACAGGAGCCAGCUGCGUGGCGAGGUGCUCGGGCCGCUGCUCGCGAGGGCCGACGCGUGUACCUUUCAGCUGCCGCUGGAGCUGCGCCGCGCGCCAGAGGCAGCGCCGCUGGCGCUGGUGGCGGUAGGCGCAGGGGCAUUCGGGAAGGUCCGUGGUCGCUCGUGCCUCCCGGAAGCCAGGGCACCAAGGAAG